AUGUUUCUGCUGCUACUCGAAACCCUAGCCCUGGCCUAUGUGGCCUGGAGUUUGGUAGCUAUGGAGAUCAACUACCGCCGCGCGUGCACGAUGAGGAUUCCUCUCGUGCGGCUCUGGAUCGACCCACAGAAUCUCAUUUGGAUCAUUAUGGAGCCCCAUCUCUGGCCCUGGCUCGAUCGACUGCCCAUCAACUGGGGUAAUUUUGGUCGCUACUCUCGUCGUGGAUGGUACUUUGCCGAUCGAGGGGAGUCGCAUCGCCGCUACGGUCCGAUCUGGGCGCUGGUCACUCCCAAGGAAAUUUACAUCAAUGUCGCCGAUUCAGAAGCAAUCCAUGACAUCUUCCGACGGCGGACAGAUUUUAUCCGCCCAGUGGAACAGUACACGGUACUUGAAGUCUAUGGACCAUGUAUCUCCACAGCCAAUACAACCGACUGGCCACGCCAUCGAAAAGUGCUUGCUACUCCCUUCAACGAGAGUGCUAUGUCCUUUGUAUGGGAUGAAAGCGUUGAGCAGAGUCGCCAGAUGCUUGACAUCUGGGCCUCUCCAGACCUCGAGAAGAUCUCCAGCGUCGCGAGGGAUACCCGCACACUCUCGUUGAAUGUCCUCGCUGCUAUAGGAUUUCGGAAAUCGUAUCCUUUUCAGAGUGCUGGUGAGAGCUGCUACCGGACAGAAGGUGACUCUGGAAGCUAUCGGGAUGCGCUGCAAACCCAGCACAUGGUACGUAUGCUGGACGAGGAGGUACAGGCGUUGAACAACGGCCAGGCUGGCUCGGGUGGUCUAAUGACGUCGUUUGUGCGCGCCAUGAAUCUCAAGCAGCACGACGCAGGGGGUAAAACCAAGGGUGUGCCGCUACAAGGACUGACUAUCGACGAGAUAUUCGGCAACAUCUUUGUAAUCAACUUCGCGGGACAUGAUACAACGGCUAAUACGCUGAGUUUUGCCUUCCUUCUCUUGGCCGCGUACCCUGAGGUGCAAGACUGGGUUGCCGAGGAGCUCCUGUUGACGGACAUCAGGGGUCGAUAUGCUGACCUUUUCCCCAAGCUCAGUCGCUGUCGAGCUAUCAUGCUUGAAACCCUCCGUCUCUACCCCCCGAUCCCCUCCCUACCCAAAUGGACCAACGGCCAGCCCCAACCACUGAAAGUGGGCGAGAAAACUAUAAUCAUCCCACCAAAAGUAGGAAUCAAUCCCAGCCUUCUCACGAUGCACAUCGAUCCUCAACACUGGGAAGAUCCUCUGGAAUGGAAACCUUCACGAUGGAUCGCACCCACCAAGUUGGACACAGCGAUUUCGAUUGGGAGGGAACAGCUUAUCACUCCAGUACAGUACAUAUACUUCCCCUGGUCAGAUAGACCACAGAACUGUCCAAUGGUCAUUGCAAGUCUUCUUCAGAAUUACCGGAUCAGUUCUGUUAUAAAUAUAAGAGAGACAGUUCAGCAGAUACACAAGAGAAUUCUGGCUACUACAAGAGAUAUUGAUCUGUAA